AUGACUGAGGAACUAGAAAAUUUUGUGAAAUCAUACUCGCCUAAAGCACUUUCUAAGAGUUUUCCGACAGAAACUGAGCUAUGAGUCGCUAUCUUUCAAGAAAUCAUAGAAGGGCCUAAUUUUUCAAGUUCAAUAUUCCACAGGGUAAAAAAACGAAUGGAGCUGAUUAGUCCGGUUGCCUGAAUUCAAGCAAUCACGAACGUCCUUAAUUCGUUCAACCCAACAACUCAUGAGCUUGCUUUACUUAAUCUUACCCACGUAAGUAUUGCAGAAAUCCAAGACGGCUGCUGCUUUACACUCUAUCAUCUAUAUGAACUCCGAGCAAACUUAUUCAUGCACCUUAAUUCCUUAAUAACUCUCCCAGCAACCCAAGCCACAAAGCUUGCUUUGCAAUUUAUCAAAUUUAUUGACUUAUGGUGUACAAAUUUGCAUGUUGAUGAGCUUGAUCUCGCUGAAGUCUUAUUAAGGAUCGUUCGGUUUACUUCAAAACUCGGCCUUGGCGAAGAAGAUUUAAGAGUAAAAUUGUUAUGUGAAAAACUAUCAGCGCCAAUGGUGACUCUUUGUAAGCAAUAUCAAUGCUUCCAAUAUGCCAGCUCUAAUUUACUUGCCCAUGCACUGCCAUUUGGGUAUGUUGCCAAUGGAUCUGAUCGAGAUGUGCCGAGUAUUGCAUGUUUAUUGCUUAAAGAUUUGAUGAAAUCUCCAGAAGAAGGAGAAGUUGAAGAAUCAGGAAUUAGAGAUAAAUUUUAUUUUCUGCAUUCGAAAUUUGAUUUUAAUUACAGAGCGCCUCCUCAGUCUGUUUAUUCAAUUUCAAAAGAAACUGAUACGCCUUCAGAAAAGGUGCAGAUUUUAAUACAGCAUUAUAGCGAAGUGCUGCCAAACUUAUCAAAUUCUAAUUGGGAUACGCUUUUUAUUAGAAAGCAAGUGCUUUCGGAUACAUAUACACUGAAAAUUGUUUCACUGAUUGUAGGAGGAGGGAAUAAGCUUGCUUUGCAGAUGAUUGAUUUGCUGCUGAGCAUUUUGGCAAAUUUGAUUGGUAUGUAUAAUCAAUCUAGACAAGAUUUGCCAAAUACAAUGCUGUUACUUAAACUUCUAGCUGAGCUUGGCUGGGUUCCAUCACUGGCAGGGUCAAUUUCUAACUAUUUACACUUAAUCCCUAAUUCUAGCAUAAAAGAGUUCCUUUUAAUUAUCUGGAAUUACUUUAAUCCUCCUCCCUGAGUGAACAAAAAAUUUUGUUCGCUUAUGGAAGGCUAAAAAUUUAUAUCUAAAUUUUUUUUUCUAAAUUUAAAAAAAAUCCAUAUUAGAAAUAAUUUUAAGGAAAAUAUUAAUUUAAUUUGUAAAAUUUAUCAAGCUAUUUAAAAUUAAACAGAAUUAGCUAGAAAUUUCAUUAUAAAUAAUUAUUAUAGCUCAUACCCCUUUAUAGAUUUCUUUACCGAGCAAAAUGUACUGGAUUAUUGAGCGAGCAAAACAGAGUCUCUCAAAGAGAUGAGCUCAAUCUCUAUAUCAGGAAGUGCUAGAAAGCGCCAUAUCAAAAAAUGGUGACAAGUGUAAAAAAAAGUUGGCAAGUAAACACGCCAAUUUUUAAAAAAAUGAAAUUAAUAUAAAGCCCCAUUUAUUAAUUAAAGAUAUAAAAUAAAAUUUUUAUAUUUAAAAAUAAAAAAUUUUUAAAUUAAAAGAUAUUUUAAAAUAUUUUUUAUAUUUUUAAGAAAAAAUAAAAAUUUAAAUAUUUUUUUUGAAAAAUUAAAAAAUAUAUGACAUGAGUCAUUUACAAAUUUGCAAGUAAUCAUCAGCCUUCAAUGGGAACUUUGGCUUUUAUAGCAUCAUUGAUCGUUAUCAUACCGGUAUAUUUAUAGAAAAUUCUAUCCAUUCGCCUUGGCACAACUCGAUUCACAAUUUUUUGAUUUUAAUAGUUUAAAGGAAUGACAUGAGUCUUUAGCAAAUUUAUAAAGAACCAUAAGCCUUUAAUGGGAACUUUGUAUUUUAAAGCAACUUUGAUUAUUAUUAUUAUUAUUAUACUGGCACAUUUGUAAGAAAUUCUAUCCAUUCGCCUUGGCACAACUCAAUUCACAAAUUUUUGGUUUUAAUAGUUUAAAGGAAUAAUUACAUGAGUCGUUGGCAAACUUUGUAAAGAACAAUCACCCUUCAAUAGAAACUUUGAAUUUUAUGACAGCAUUGAUCAUUAUCAUACUGGUACAUUUAUAGGAAAUUCUAUCCAUUCGCCUUGGCACAACUCGGUUCACAAAUUUUUGAUUUAUAAUAGUUUAAAGGAGCAAAGGCAUGAGUCGUUAGCAACUUUGUAAAGAACAAUCACCCUUCAAUGGGAACUUUGGAUUUUAGAGCACCAUUGAUCGUCGUCAUCAUACUGGUAUAUUUAUAGGAAAUUCUAUCCAUUUGCCUUGGCACAACUCGAUUCACAAAUUUUUGAUUUUCAAUAUUCUAAAGUGCAUGACAUGAGUCAUUAAGAACUUUGCAAAUAGUCAUCAGUCUUUUAUGGGAACUUUGAUUUUUAUAGCAGCAUUGAUCAUUAUAAAGCUCGCACAUGUAGGAAAUUCUAUCCGUUCGCGUUGGCACAACUCGAUUCACAAAUUUUUGGUUUUCAAUAGUAUAAAGUGCAUGACUUGAGUCGUUAAGAACUUUGCAAAUAGCCAUCAGCCUUCAAUGGGAACUUUGGCUUUUAUAACAUCAUUGAUCAUUAUUAUGCUGGUACAUUUGCAGAAAAUUCUAUCCAUUCGCCUUGGCACAACUCGAUUCACAAAUUUUUGAUUUUAAUAGUUUAAAGGAAUGGCAUGAGUCUUUAGCAACUUUAUAAAGAACCAUAAGCCUUCAAUAGGAACUUUGGAUUUUAUGACAGCAUUGAUCAUUAUCAUAUUUGUACAUUUGUAAGAAAUUCUAUCCAUUCGCCUUGACACAGCUCGAUUCACAAUUUUUUGAUUUUUGAUAGUCUAAAGUACAUGACAUGAGCCAUAACAACUUUUGAAUGAACCAUUAGCCUUCAAUGGGAACUUUAGAUUUUAUAGCAUCAUUGAUCUUUAUCAUACUGGUACAUUUAUAGGAAAUUCUAUCCAUUCGCCUUGGCACAACUCGAUUCACAAAUUUUUUUGAUUUUAAUAGUUUAAAGGAAUAAUUCCAUGAGUCGUUAGCAACUUUAUAAAGAGCCAUCAGCCUUCAAUGGGAAGUUUGAAUUUUAUAGCAGCAUUGAUCAUUAUCAUACUGGUACAUUUAUAGGAAAUUCUAUCCAUUCGCCUUGGCACAACUCAAUUCACACUUUUAAAUAUUUAAAUACACAAAUAAUAAUCAAAAAAUAUUAAAUCAAUUAUAAUUUAUAUAUAGCAUUUAUUAUUUAUCUAUCUAUUAUCAUUAGAAAAAUAUGAUUAAUUCAUAAGACCUUUAAAAAUAAGCUUUUUAAUUAUUAAUAAAUCCUAAUCUAAUUAUGUAUCUUAAAUUUUAAAUUUAAUAAUAAACCAUUUUUAAAAUCGGCGCGUUUACUUUGCCAACUUUUUUCAGACUUGUCACCAUUUUUUGGCAUGGCACUUUCUAGCACUUCCUGAUAUAGAGAUUGAGCUCAUCUCUUUGAGAGACUCUGUUUUGCUCGUUCAAGAAUCCAGUACAUUUUGCUCGAUAAAGAAAUCUAUAAAAGGAUAUGAACUAUAAUUAUAUAUCAAAAUAAUUUUUUUUUAAAAAUUUUUAUAUUUAAAAAACUUUUGUUCCAAAAAAUGGAUUUUCCAAUGGUUUUGUUCGCUCUUUGAUGGGAGGGGGAAUUAAGAGAACACCAACCUACAAAUCCAGGCAAAAGCAACACUGAACCUUAUAUACGCUCCCUAAAAAUGCUUAUCCAUAAAAACAUCGAAAAACUCGGCAGUUUAUACUUAGAGCUCCAACACUCGACAUAA